CACCGGGCAUCCGCGCAGGAUCCCCGGGGAGGCGAGCCGGGCCGAGCGGCGAGAGCGAAGCCUGACACCGUCUCUUUGGUGCCUGCAGCGGCCGGGGCCAUGGGCACGCCGGCCUCUGUGGCGAGCGACCCUCCGGGGCGGGCGGCGCCAGCAGCCCGCGGCCGUAAGCGGGCCUCGGCCAACAUCUUCCAGGGCGUGGGACUGCUGGAGCUGCGGAGCCUGUUCCAGAGCGGCGGGGCCGAGCGGCCUGAGGAGCGUGCCCGCCUCGUCUGGCGGUAUGCGGGCCAGCGGCGCAUGGCGCGGGCCCUGCGGCGGCUCCGGCGGCGGCGAACGGCCCGGCCCGGCGGCGGGAUGGCGGCGCUGCGGCGCUUCGGCCACCUGCGGAUCGCGGAGAAGGAGCUGGAGAGCGACUGCAGGGCCCAGACAGACGCGGGGUCCGUGUAGCAGCGCUGAGCGGCCGGGGCCGUGGAGGGCGGCUGCUGGAGAGCGGGUGUCAGCAGUGCCGGGCUCUCCGAGGACACUAAGUGUAUUGGGCAGGAUGCAAUGAAUGGUUAAUAAAGGGUGGACAGGGGUGGC